AUGCAGUCCUCAUCAGACGCGCGGGGCAAAAGAGUCUAUCAGGUGUACAAGAAGGAACAGCAGCUGCUCGAGAACCCUAUGUUGUGUUGUGGCCACGCCGUUAGAAAGUCGCAGAAGUUGCCUGAUUCUUUCUCAUUGAAGAACACCCAUAUCAGAAUCCCGUCGCAGGGAUUGGGCACCUUCCAGGUUGACCCGAAAGUCUAUCCUGAAGGCUCGGUCAAGGGAUCAGUCCUUCACGCCUUGAACGUUGGCUACCGACACAUAGAUACAGCGCUGGCCUAUGGCUGGGGGGAUGUUGAGCGAGGCAUUGGUGAGGCCGUACGAGAAAGUAACAUCUCUCGAAAGGAGCUUUUCAUUGUGACCAAGUUACACAACUGCUUUCACGCCCCCGAGGACGUCGAAGUGGGAAUGGACAUGAGUUUAAAGAACCUGGGAAUGGAUUACGUGGAUCUGUUUCUGAUGCACUUCCCCUAUGCAUACACCAAGACCGGCACUCAAUAUGGUACGCUGCGGAACGCUGAAGGCAAACCCAUUGUUGACGUCGAGCUAUCGCGAGCCUACGACAAGACCUGGGCGGCGAUGGAGAAGUUGGUGGAAAAGGGCAAGACCAGAUUGAUCGGCGUUUCCAACUUUUCCAAGCCGAAGCUGGAGAGGCUCCUUCAGACGGCACGAAUUCACCCAGCAGUCAAUCAGAUCGAGCUCAACGCUUACUUCCCGCAGAAAAAGCUGGUCGAAUUCUGCCAGCGAAACGACAUCCACGUCACCGCUUAUGGUCCUCUGGGUUGCACACCUGUGCCAUAUCUCAUCGGCCGUACUGGACCAGGGCCGCUGCAAGACUCCGAGAUCAAGCGAUUGGCCGCAAAGUAUCACAAAACUCCGGCCCAGGUCUGCCUCUCGCACAUGGUCUGGAGGGGCGUGUCGGUGAUCCCCAAGAGCAAUACUCCGGCUCGCAUCUCCGAGAACUUUGAUUGUCUUUUCCGCAUGGAAGAUGCAGACAACGAAGUAUUGAGCAACCUGAUGGGGGCCAACGGCGAAAAGGGUGUCAGGAAUCUGGAAACCAGAGACUAUCUUGGCUUCGACAAUUUCAACGAAGAAGUUGAAGAGCCAUGA